AUGUCCAAUGAAUCACAGCAGCAUAUUCCCAACCGCACGGGCCUCGACGUGCUCUCGGGCGCCGAAUUUACCGAAAUCCAGGAGUCGAUGGGUAAUAUGAAUCCAUCCGACUCCAUGUCCUUUGACCUUAACUCCAUCUUCCCAAGGCAUCGUCAACGCACAGUACGGAGGCGAUUCUGUUAUGUACAGCCUCAGGACCCUGAGUCAAUAGGCAAAUUGUCAAACUGGUCUGAGGAUGCGGUGGAAGUUCUAAAGAAAUGGCUUAAACAGGACUGCCGCCAUCCUUAUCCGACAAAGCAGGAAAAAGCGGAGUUGGCUGAGCAAACCGAGCUGACUGUCACUCAAGUGUCAACCUGGUUUGCAAACGCUCGCAGACGGGGUAGACAUGCGUCUGCAGACCGGUGCCUGACGUCCACGUCUCUCAACUGCCCCGAUAAACCCCGCAAAGUUUCGGACGAGCAAUGGCCAUCUUUCAGUCCACUUGACCGAUGGAGAAACUCGCCUCCAGAAGUCGAAGCUGCAUCCUUAGAAGCUAUUAGGAGUGCAGUGGCUCGCAGUGGAACGAGCUACCUGCCCACCGGGGACUUACAGCACCAAUCACCGCCGGAGGAUAAUGAUGCUCGAUCCCUGGUAUCUUCCAAAGCGUCCGGAUCAGCUGUAUCAACUUCGACUCUAACCAUUCUCAUGGAUCUUUCGGUCGCUUUUACCUGGAGAAAGUCUCUCGGCGCCGUCAUAGACGGAAAACAAAACCUGCUUCUACCUACGCCCUCAACGAAAAGGUCAGUGGGCAAAAGACCGUAUCAAUCCCCCAACCAUCGGAAAGCCAUAUCGAGUCCCAUCGGUUUAGCCUAUGCCAGCAGAAACCUGUCGCGUUGCGAACGUUUUACCGCAAGGACCAUUUGGUCCAGCAUUUUGCGCCUGGUGCAUGGCGUCAACAAUCUCAUACCGUCGAUGGACACCUGGAAGUCCCAAGUGACAAAUAUCAAUUCGCGAUGCGGGUUCUGCGGCGAAACAUUCACGUUAUGGUCUGAAAGAAAUGACCAUAUUGCCUGGCACUUCCGGAAAGGGGCACUAAUGAAGGACUGGCGAGGCUGUCGAGGCCUCGAUCCAUCUGUGGCUUUAGCAGUGGGAAAUGCGAUGCCGCCUUAUUUGAUUGGUAUUGAGUCCACCGGGAUAGAGCCCUUCAGCGCUUCUCGGUUAGCUGCUAAAGACGCUCGGGGAGCAGAACCAACGGACCAGCGCACAUCAACGGCAUCCAAGCCAACGCCGUUUGGAUAUCUCACCGCACGCCUUACUGGAUUCGUAAAUGGGAUCCAGGCCGCAGGGGGCACUGUCAGUGAUGAAUUGCUACAAAAGGAGGCCAGCUGUAUCAUGUACGGAGACGACGACCCGUGGAAUCAAACGGCAGCAGAUAACCCUGAAUGGCUGAAGCUAUUCAAAGAGGGAAUGGGACUUUGUGCGGCAUCAGGUCCACCACAGUCCCUUGGCAGUGAAGACUACAGCUUUUGUCUCCCAUGGGCAGCCGGCCAAUGGGAGCCGUUUAAUGCAACUACCAAUCCAAUUUCUCAAGAUUCUUCAGAACCGAUGUUGAACGAAUGGAUGAGUUGGGCAUGGCAUAGCCCAGAGUGCCUCGUCGAAUAUAGACAAAGUAAUAUGGCGGCGGGCUCCUCUAGGCCGACUGGGAAAAAAGGGAGUUAG